AAUCUCUUCGGGAAGAAAAAGUUACAAAAACAAAACAAACCCUUUUUUUUUAGAGAGAGAGGAAAGAAACAUGGCGGCGGCUGGAAGACCCGGAGCUUCACCACGGAGCUUCGUGUGACAGCAGGCCGGUCUGCGAGCGUCUGUCAGCGGGGAAACGGCACCGAGAAGCGGCCCGCGCUGCGGACUUCAUGGCUGCUCUGACAGCAACACGGUUGAAGCUAGAGAGGGGAUACAGCUACGGCCGCGAGAGUUACGUUUAGACACCAAAACGACUAGUUAAGUUUGGAAAAACAGAUAGUGGCUUGGGUUAAAACACUCCAGCGUUUCCUGGGUGAAAGUAUUAAAAUAUUAUAUCAGCCGAGAUUUUGCGUAGCUUCCGGCCGUUGCUGUAUCCCUUCUAGGCCACCAGCACCGUCAUGACAGAUUCAGCGGGAGGGUCGCAGCGCUGCGCCCGGGUCGGGGCUCCGGGUCGCGGCGGCGGCAGGUCCGCCUCGGAGACCCGCUGGAGGAGACACAUCGUCGGGCAGCUGAAGCACCGAGACCUGAGCCAGCACGCCAAGUUCCAGGACCUGAUCCGCUUCUACACUCAGCUGCUGGAGAAGAGCAGCCUGACCAAAGGACUCCUGAGCCGCUCCACCAGGCGUCCCUCCGCCGACAGCAGGUGCUCCGUCAGCUCUCUGAAGAAAACUACGGGAGAGCUGGCCUAUCAGGUGCUGGAGCUGCAGCAGCAGAUGAAGGUCAGAGAAAGGCUUCUGGACGAGCAGCAUGCCAGCCUGCUGGAGGGGGAGCGCCGGCUGCAGGGGGCGCUGGAUGCGCGGCGGGCGCUGCGGGGGCGGGUGGAGCAGGUCCAGGCGGCCAACGGGACGCUGAAGGCGGAGUACGACGCGUUGCUGGGGCGACAGCGGGCGGCGGAGACGAGGCUGAGAGACGAGACGCUGAGAGAGGGACGGAUGCUGCAGGACAUCAUCCAGCUCAAACAGCAGGCAGCCGAGCGCCUCAACAGCCGCAACGAGCGCAAGUCCAGAGCUCGAGAAGCGAAGCUGCAGAAGGAGCUGCUGGCUGCUGCCAGGUCAAAGGUCACCAUGGACAGUUGUCCUUCGUUUCCGGAGACGGCCGCCCCGCCGGCUAGAGGCCACGCCAGACUCUUCAGAUCUGCGUCAGCGACGUCUCCCAGGAUCCUCUCCUCCAUCAGAGAGCUGUUUGAGAAGAGGCGUGGCCACUCGGUCUGCAGCCCGGAGGAGGAUCUGAUGUUUCCCGUACGAAUCUGCCUCUCAGCCAGAGUCCCGGCCAGAGCCCUACAAGUCCUGGAGGCCCAUGAGCAAGGCAUCAACGCGGUGCGGUUCAGCUCCAGCUCUGACCUGCUGGCCACCGGAGGAACCGACCGACUCGUCAAGCUGUGGGCCGUCCGAGCAGGCUCGCUGAGUCUCCGGGCGACUCUGGAGGGGAGCAGCGGCGGGAUCACCUGCAUCGAGUUCGACCCCGCGGGCUUCAGGAUCCUCGCCGCCUCCUACGAUAAGUCGGCCUUGUUGUGGCGGCUGGAUGACUCCGCCCCCAAGCUGACUCUAACAGGUCACAGCAGGAAGGUAACAGCAGCGAGGUUCAGCAGUGUUCACCAGGUGGUGACGGGCAGCGCUGACGGGACGGUCCGACUGUGGGACCUGCAGCGGGACGCCGCCU